GGGAGAGACUAGCCGGAGGAACGCGCACCAACACACCCGUAUGGCUGCCUGAGAGUCACCGAUACACCCCCCCUCCCCCCUCUCUCUCUUUCUCUUUGGACCUUUUUUUUUUUGGGGGGUCCUGACGAGUUCGCAAGUCCUAAAUUAUAGUUGCUCCGAGUUGAAGAAAGAAAGAGAGAAAGAAGGAAAGAAAGAAAGAGGUGAAUCCGCGUGCCGUGGACUCCCCCGCGGUCAUGGAUACCCAUAUAAGAUGGAAAGUUAAACGGAGGAUACGGGACGCCCAACUCACUUUAGCGGUGCUCCUGCUUUUUGUCACAUCGAGAGCGAGUUCAGUGGAACCGGCGGACCUCUUGAAGGUUUUAGAUUUUCCCAGUUUACCCGAGGGCGUUACAAAAUCGACGGGCUUCUGCUCACAUCGGAGGUCGACACAAGGACCCGAUGUGGCUUACCGAGUAUCCAAAGACGCCCAGCUCAGCGCCCCCACCAAACAGCUGUAUCCAGGCGACGUGUUCCCGGAGGACUUCUCCAUCUUGGCCACGGUGAAGCCGAAGAAGGGCAGCCAGUCCUUCCUGCUGUCCGUGUACAACGAGCAGGGCAUCCAGCAGCUGGGCCUGGAGGUGGGCCGCUCGCCGGUGUUCCUGUACGAGGACCACACGGGCAAACCCAGCCCCGAGGACUACCCGCUCUUCAGGGGAGUCAACCUGGCGGACGGAAAGUGGCAUCGAGUGGCCAUCAGCGUGCACAAGCAGACCAUCACCCUCAUUCUGGACUGUAAAAAGAAGGCCGCCCAGAAGCUGCUGCGAAGCCCUCACCCCAUCAUCGACACCAAGGGAAUCGUAGUGUUUGGAACUAGAAUACUGGACGAGGAAGUCUUCGAGGGAGACAUCCAGCAGCUGCUGAUUGUAGCAGACCACCGCGCUGCCUAUGACUACUGUGAGCACUACAGCCCCGAUUGUGAAGUGCCCGUGCCCGACCAGCCUCAGAACCAGGACCCCAACACAGACGAAUACAACACAGAGGACAGCUACUAUUAUGAAUACCCCUACUAUGAGGACGGGGAUGCCAAGCCUUUGGAUUCUACAUCUGAUGCUGAGGCAACAAAAGAAGUCAAGGAGAUAGAUGCAGACAUCGUGGGGUCCAGAUUGGAGGAGGUUCUGAGGGGCUCUGGUGCCACCGUGGACAAAGUGUUGACCAGCUCCUCCAGCAGCUCCGCGGCGAGCUCUUCGGGCACCGCCACCGACACCGGAGACGCCUACGGAGAGGAGACCAGUCCCUACGAGAGCUACGACGGCUACGGGAACUACGAGAACUACGACGAGGCCACGCCGACGCCCGACGAGGACGCCGCUCGACGCGUCACCAUCACCGGCAUCGGCGCCGAGGUGGAUCUGGGCGCAGACGGAAAGGUUGACUUGGCCACAGGGACCGGAAUCGAGGAAAAGGUCAUCGUCGGUGGAGGAGGAUCCACGAUUACCCUCACCAGGAAUGAGACAUCAGGAGUAAGUUCCUACGAUGUCUACGACGGGGAAUACGAUUAUGGCGUGGACGGCAAAUACACCACUGGUGAUGGCGGGGGCAGCAGUACAGUCCACCUUGGAGGUGCAGGCGGGGGCAGUACCACCCACCUUGGAGGUGGAGGAGGCGCCGGCAGUAGCAGUACAAUCCACCUUGGAGGCGGAGGAGGUGAAGGAGGCAGCAGCAGUACAAUCCACCUUGGAGGCGGAGGAGGUGGAGGAGGCAGCAGCAGUACAAUCCACCUUGGAGGCGGAGGAGGUGAAGGAGGCAGCAGCAGUACAAUCCACCUUGGAGGCGGAGGAGGUGAAGGAGGCAGCAGCAGUACAAUCCACCUUGGAGGCGGAGGAGGUGAAGGAGGCAGCAGCAGUACAAUCCACCUUGGAGGCGGAGGAGGCAGCAGCAGUACAGUCCACCUUGGAGGCGGAGGAGGCAGCAGCAGUACAGUCCACCUUGGAGGUGGAGGCAGCAGCAGCAGUUCUACCAUCACCAUCGGGGGCGGCUCUGCCGGAGGCGGCUCCGUCUCCUUGGGAGGAUCUUCCACCACUGGAGGGGGAUCGGCCAGCGCCGGCACCGGAGCAGGGGGCUCCAUCGCCACCGGAAAGGACCUGGGCGUGGAAGGCGACGGCGACUACACGGAUCUGGAGGACGGGUUCAAGGAGGACCUCGUCACCGACUACGACGACAUGGACGUCUACGACGCCUACGGGGACCUGAGCUACAACGAGAAAGAGGGCAAGAUCCUGCCUGCCGUGACCGAUCAGUAUUACGGACAGGUCGACGGAGCCCGAGGAGAGAAGGGACAGAAGGGAGAGCCUGCUGUUAUCGAGCCUGGGAUGCUCGUGGAGGGUCCUCCUGGGCCUGAAGGGCCAUCAGGUCUCCCCGGACCCCCAGGUGCUUCUGGCCCACCAGGCAGUUCUGGAGAUUCUGGAGAGAGGGGUCUUCCGGGUCGCUCUGGUCUUCCUGGUGCCGACGGCUUGCCAGGAAGUCCUGGAACGGUGCUGAUGCUGCCUUUCAGAUUCAGCUCUGGAGGCGACUCCGGUCAGAAGGGGCCCGCCGUGUCAGCGCAGGAGUCCCAGAUGCAGGCCAUCAUGCAGCAGGCCCGGCUGGCUAUGCGCGGCCCUACAGGUCCAAUGGGUUUGACUGGCAGAUCCGGCCCUCUGGGUCCUCCAGGUGUAUCAGGACUGAAGGGAGAGUCUGGAGAUGCAGGCCCUCAGGGACCACGUGGACCUUUUGGUGGCUCGGGACCCUCCGGAAAGCCCGGCAGAAGGGGUCGCUCUGGAUCCGACGGUGCCAGGGGCAUGCCGGGACAGUCUGGACCCAAGGGAGACCGAGGGUUCGAUGGACUGGCCGGACUUCCCGGUGAAAAAGGACACAGAGGUGAAUCUGGCCCUUCUGGACCUCACGGGGGUCCUGGAGAGGACGGAGAAAGGGGAGAUGAUGGAGAGAUCGGGCCCCGGGGACUUCCCGGUGAAUCAGGGCCUCGUGGUUUGCUGGGACCCAAAGGACCUCAGGGACCCCCAGGACCCCCCGGCGUGACGGGGAUGGACGGCCACUCCGGACCCAAAGGAAACAUCGGACCUCAAGGAGAGCCAGGACCUCCUGGACAGCAAGGUAACCCAGGUACCCAGGGACUCGCAGGGCCCCAAGGAGCCAUCGGGCCUCCAGGAGACAAGGGUCCUACGGGGAAACCAGGCUUGCCGGGAAUGCCAGGAGCUGAUGGUCCACCGGGUCACCCCGGAAAGGAGGGGCCUUCUGGAGAGAAAGGACACCUGGGCCCGGCUGGCCCUCAAGGACCCAUUGGUUAUCCGGGGCCCCGAGGCGUGAAGGGAGCGGACGGCGUGCGAGGACUGAAAGGACACAAGGGUGGAAAGGGAGAAGAUGGCUUCCCCGGCUUCAAGGGGGACAUGGGCCUGAAGGGCGACAGGGGAGAGCUCGGACCCUCGGGGCCCAGAGGAGAGGACGGUCCCGAGGGACCAAAGGGUCGAUCGGGUCUCCCAGGAGAUGCCGGUCCUCUGGGAACGAGUGGUGAGAAGGGUAAACUCGGAGUCCCCGGGUUGCCUGGAUACCCAGGAAGACAAGGACCCAAGGGAUCUCAAGGUUUCCAAGGUUUCCCAGGCGCCAAUGGAGAGAAAGGAACUCGGGGAACAGCAGGAAAGUCUGGCCCCCGCGGACAGAGAGGACCAACGGGCCCUCGAGGAGAGAGAGGACCGAGGGGACCGACGGGGAAAGCCGGACCGAAGGGUAACUCAGGAAACGACGGCCCUCCAGGACCGCUCGGCGAGAGGGGUCUGCCAGGCCCUCAGGGACCAACAGGUUUCCCAGGACCAAAGGGACCUCCUGGUCCUUCAGGGAAAGACGGACUGCCCGGACACCCUGGACAGAGAGGAGAGACCGGAUUCCAAGGCAAGACUGGUCCUCCUGGCCCCCCCGGCGUGGUCGGACCUCAGGGACCAACAGGUGAAACUGGACCAAUGGGAGAUCGAGGUCACCCUGGACCCCCAGGCCCACCUGGUGAGCAGGGUCUACCGGGAGCUGCAGGGAAAGAAGGAGCCAAGGGUGACUUCGGUCCUGCUGGCCCAGCAGGUAAGGACGGCCCUCCAGGGCCAAGAGGGUUCCCGGGAGAGAGAGGCCUGCCUGGCCCUGUGGGGGCGCACGGCUUGAAAGGGAGUGAAGGACCUCACGGACCGCCUGGCCCUGCUGGUUCUCCUGGUGAGCGUGGUCCUGCCGGCUCAGCCGGACCUACAGGUCUCCCCGGACGUUCUGGCCCCCAGGGACCUCCGGGCCCUUCUGGAGAGAAAGGUGGACCGGGAGAGAAAGGACCUCAAGGCCCAGCUGGAAGAGACGGGAUUCAGGGCCCUGUGGGUCUGCCGGGACCUGGAGGACCUCCCGGACCACCUGGGGAGGACGGAGACAAGGGAGAGCUUGGAGAACCGGGCCAAAAAGGAGGCAAGGGGGACAAAGGAGAACAUGGUCCACCUGGUCCCACCGGCCCUCAAGGGCCCGUCGGAGCACCCGGUCCCGCUGGUGCAGAUGGCGAGCCCGGUCCCAGAGGUCAGCAGGGUCUGUUCGGCCAGAAGGGAGAUGAAGGGUUGAGGGGGUUCCCCGGACCUCUAGGUCCAGUCGGGCUGCAGGGCUUACCUGGUCCACCUGGUGAGAAAGGUGAAACUGGAGACGUUGGUCAAAUGGGUCCACCCGGCCCCCCUGGUCCAAGAGGCCCCUCAGGACCCCCAGGAGCCGAUGGCCCUCAGGGACCUCCAGGCGGCAUUGGAAACCCUGGUUCAGUUGGAGAAAAGGGAGAUUCUGGUGAAACCGGAGAGCCAGGUCUUCAGGGAGAACUUGGCCCACCUGGUGCUAGAGGCGAGCGAGGAGAAAAGGGAGAGUCCGGUCCGGCUGGUACAGCUGGUCCUCCUGGCCCUAAGGGUCCCCCUGGAGACGAUGGUCCCAAAGGAAGCCCAGGCCCAAGUGGUUUCCCCGGUGACCUGGGCCCCCCUGGAGAGCCCGGUCCAGCUGGCUUAGACGGACCCGCCGGUGACAAGGGAGAUGAUGGAGAGGCCGGUCAAGCUGGUUCUCCUGGACCCACCGGAGAGUCGGGUCCCUCCGGACCACCAGGGAAGAGAGGGCCCCCUGGUGUCACGGGACCUGAAGGAAGACAAGGAGAGAAGGGCACGAAGGGGGAGUCUGGCAUGGAAGGUUCCCAAGGAAAGACGGGUCCCGUCGGCCCUCAAGGAUCGCCCGGCAAGCCCGGUUCUGAAGGCCUCCGGGGCAUCCCCGGCCCAGUUGGAGAGCAAGGCCUGCCUGGUUCUCCGGGCCCAGAUGGACCUCCCGGACCGAUGGGUCCGCCCGGCUUACCCGGCUUGAAAGGAGACUCAGGUAUCAAAGGAGAAAAGGGCCACCCGGGUCUCAUCGGUCUCAUCGGACCUUCAGGUGAACAGGGAGAAAAGGGGGACCGAGGUCUCCCCGGUCCUCCGGGAUCCCACGGUUACAAAGGAGACAACGGUAUUUCAGGACCCUCAGGGCCACUCGGGCCCCUCGGCCCCCCCGGAUUACCUGGUCCCCCCGGUCCCAAAGGAGCUAAAGGCUCAUCGGGUCAAACCGGACCGAAGGGAGAGACCGGUACCUCUGGACCUCCCGGCCCUCCCGGCCCUCCCGGCGAUGUCAUCCACCCCCUCCCCAUGAUGUCCUCCAUGAAGGGCCGGAGUCGCAGGAACAUCGACGCCAGCCAGAUGGCGGACGACGCCGGCGCCGCGGACGCCAACUACAAGGACUACGACGACGGCAUGGAGGAGAUCUUCGGCUCGCUCAACUCCCUGAAGCUGGAGAUCGAGCAGAUGAAGCAUCCGCUGGGCACGCAGAACAACCCGGCGCGCACCUGCAAAGACCUGCAGCUGUGCCACCCCGACUUCCCCGACGGUGACUACUGGAUCGAUCCAAACCAGGGCUGCUCUCGGGACUCCUUCAAGGUUUACUGCAACUUCACAGCAGGUGGAGAGAGCUGCAUCUUCCCCGAUAAGAAGUCUGAAGGGAGCAAAAUGGCAAAAUGGCCCAAAGACUCGCCAGGCACAUGGUAUAGUCACUACAAGAGAGGUUCCCUGCUCUCCUACGUGGAUGCCGAGGGCAACCCCAUCAGCGUGGUCCAGAUGACCUUCAUGCGCCUGCUGAGCGCGUCGGCCCGACAGAACAUGACGUACAACUGCUACCAGUCGGUGGCCUGGCACGACCAGAACCUCGACAACCACGACAAGGCCAUCCGCUUCCUGGGCUCCAACGACGAGGAGAUGUCCUACGACAACAACCCCUACAUCAGGGCCGUGGUGGACGGCUGCGCGUUGAAGAAGGGCUAUGAGAAGACGGUCCUGGAGAUCAACACCCCGAAGGUGGAGCAGGUCCCGUUCGUGGACAUCAUGUUCAACGACUUCGGCGGCUCCACGCAGAAGUUCGGCUUCGAGGUCGGUCCGGUGUGCUUCGUCGGCUGAGACGGAGGAAAAGCAUCGAAAAAAAGUUUUAAAAAAAGAACAAUUGAAAAAAAAGAACAGGACAAUUCUAUUUGUAAAAAAAAAAAAGAAAAAAAAAAAGUAUCUUUUUUAUUUUCCAUAAAGCAACAAAAUGAGUGAAAUGAAAUCGAGUCGAGAACGCAGUGAAAUUCGAGAUGGAAUACGAAAUAACCUCGAAAAAAACCUCAGAGUGCCUUCUUCCAUCACACACACGCACACACACACGCACACACACACGCACACACACACACACACUCACACACACGCAGCCCCGUGUCAUCACACUUGAUUUGGACGUUCACCUGGAGGCCUUCAGAGCUCCUGCAGCCGACUCCAUUGGAUUUUUGCUCUUUUCUCUUCUCAACUUCUGAUCAUGUUUUUCAUGUUUUCAUGUUUUUUCAUGUUUUUCAUGUUUUUCAUGUUUUUUCAUUUCAUUUUCAUAAAUGGCUUUUUUCCCCACACUUGUCUUUUGUUGGUUUGAUUGCUCAUUAGCUACGGGAGCUUUGUUUGUGCAUAAUUCUC